CAGACACAUAAAUCAGUGUUACGCCCAUGAUGGCGAUCCUAUGAAGAUCACCAACUCGGUUCUCGUCUUCUUCUCUCCUCACUUCUCCAUCCUUCGUCUCUUUCCCUUCAUUUUCGGAGCCUUGCAAUCUGGACCGAGAUGGCGCACUACAACUUACCAGUUGACACAGUCCCGGGGACUGUCCACCUCGUGGACAUUGAGCAUACCAUGCAUACCCGACAUGCUGGAUCUGGGGACAAGGACAUUGUUCUAGUACCCACUCCAUCGAGCGACCCUGAUGAUCCCCUGAACUGGUCGCCUAGGCGCAAGCUCAUGUUGACCGUCACAGUCAAUAUUUACACCUUGGUGGUUGGCAUUGCUAACUCUGUGGUCUAUUCGGUGCUUGUUCCGCUUUCUGAUGCUUCGGGGGUCUCUAUAAGCACCCUCAACCAAGGCACGGGAUACUUGUUUCUUCUUGCUGGCUGGGGUUUGCUUUUCUGGCAACCUUUUGCCCUGCGAUAUGGCAAGCGACUGACCUACCUUCUCUCCAUCUGCGGAACAAUCGGUUGCACAAUGUGGGGCCCAUAUGCUCGUGGCAACGGAGUGUGGAUUGCGAAAAACGUUUUGGGAGGGUUUUUUGCGGCACCGAUAGAAGCUCUUCCGGAGAUCUCUGUGACAGACGUGUAUUUUCAGCAUCAGCGAGGAACGUACAUGGGCGUCUACGCUUUCUUCCUCGCCGGGAGCAACUAUUUUGCCCCAGUGAUCUGUGGCUUCAUCGCCGAUGAUCAAGGCUGGAAGUGGGUGUUCUACUGGCCUACAAUCUUCCUCGGCGUGGCUUUGAUCUUUUGCUUCUUCUUCAUGGAAGAGACGAACUACAUACGAUCCACAGUCGGUGUUGUCGAGACAUCGAGUGGCAGCCAAACACCCAUUUCUGCGACUAAAGACGAGAAAGCGACAGAAAAGAUGCCGGACGUUGUCAACGAGCCCGCGCUUAAUGUUGAGAGCGGCACCGUGGUUUACGGCAGCAACAAAACCUACUUGCAAAGAAUGUCGCUUUGGCAACCGUCUCCCGGGGAACCAAUGUGGACAAGAGCCUACAGGUCGUUGAAAUACCUGAGCUGGCCUGUCAUCUUCUAUGCUGGGUUUAGCUAUGGCAGUUAUCUUAUCUGGUUCAAUGUGCUGAAUGCAACUGCAAGUAUCAUUCUAGGAGGUGCCCCAUACAAUUUCAAAGCCUCCAUGGUCGGACUUUCAUACGUCAGCACGUGCUUGGGCGUUAUGGUUGGGUGCUUCUUUACUGGCCGGUUCAGCGACUGGCUCACCAUCAGACUUGCGCGCCGCAACAACGGCAUCAUGGAACCGGAACAACGCCUCUGGCCCUUUGCAGCGUGCAUCAUUAUCGUUCCUGCAUCCCUCAUUCUGUGGGGCGUAGGUGCUGCUCAUCACGUCCAUUGGUUUGGGUUGAUCUUUGCCAUGGGCACCCUGGCCGCUGCAAAUUGCUUCGGAAUUACUCUCAGCGUCAACUACCUCAUCGACACAUAUCAUGAAAUCAGCGCAGAUGCAAUGACGACGGUGAUCUUGGUUCGGAAUACCAUGUCAUUUGCCAUUGGCUACGGAAUUACCCCUUGGUUGGACAACCUCGGUCUGCAAAAUUGCUUUAUCUCGGCUGCGUUCAUCGGCAUGGCGGCCUCAUCGGUGUUUCUGUUCAUGGUUUUCUAUGGCAAGACCUUCCGGGAGCGGAGUCGAGUGAAGUACUGGAACUUGGUUGCAGAACUGAUGGCUAAGAGCGCCGUGACCACCUGAGAGGGAGGAGGCGAUUGGGUGAGCAC